UUUCAUUAUUCAAAUCUUCUUCAUCUCACCCUCUAGAUUCUUCACAAAUUUCCUUUCUCAAUCUGCAUCUUCAUCUUCACUUUCCUUUUUUUUCUCUUCUCUCAAAUCUCUCACAAUCAAAAAGGAAAUACCCAUUAAACCCAAUUGAUCAAAGAUGAAUGAUUUAAUGACAAAAUCGUUCACCAACUAUGUUGAUCUAAAAAAAGCAGCUAUGAAAGAUGAAGUUGAUUUAGAAGCUGGUCUUUCAAAACAAGGUGGUGGUGUUGAUGUUGAACUAACAAGAUCUUCAAUGACACAUUUAGAAACUGAUAUGAAUUUGUUCUUAGAAGAGGCAGAGAAAGUAAGAACAGAAAUGGGUGAAAUUCGCGAUGUAUUAACGAAACUUGAGAAAGCAAAUGAAGAGAGCAAGUCACUUCAUAAAACUGAAGCUUUGAAAUCAUUGAGGGAAAGGAUUAAUAUUGAUAUUGUAACUGUUUUGAAGAAAGCAAGGUGUAUUAGGACUCAAUUAGAAGAAAUGGAUCGCGCUAAUGACACUAAUCGAAGACUUUCUGGACUUAAAGAUGGUUCACCUGCAAUUUAUAGAACUAGAAUUGCUGUUACUAAUGGCUUGCGUAAGAAGCUCAAGGAGCUUAUGAUGGAGUUUCAGGCACUGAGGCAGAAAAUGAUGAGUGAAUACAAAGAAACAGUAGGAAGAAGGUAUUAUACUGUGACAGGAGAACAUGCAGAUGAAGAGGUGAUUGAUAAGAUAAUAUCGAAUGGCGAUGAUGAAAGUUUUUUAGGAAAGGCAAUACAAGAACAUGGAAGAGGAAAGGUUCUAGAAACUGUGGUUGAGAUACAAGACAGACAUGAUGCAGCAAAAGAGAUUGAGAAGAGUUUGUUGGAACUUCAUCAAGUUUUUUUGGAUAUGGCUGUUAUGGUUGAAGCACAAGGUGAGAAAAUGGAUGAUAUUGAACAUCAUGUUCUUCAUGCUUCUCAUUAUGUUAAAGAUGGAACAAAGAAUCUUCACAGUGCUAAACAAUAUCAGAAAAAUGGAAGGAAAUGGAUGUGUAUUGGGAUAAUACUUUUGCUGAUUAUUAUUCUCAUCAUUGUUAUUCCAAUUGUCACUAGUUUCAGCAGUUCUUGAAGGUUCAAAUCCUUCUUUUAUGUGUAAUAUGAAGAAAUUCAAUGUCUCUGAUGCAUUGAUCAUGGUCCUUUUUUUCUAGCUUUUGUGUCUUUGCUGAGUUGUGUACGACGACUCAUCGUCGUUUGAAUUGCCUUUUGUUUUCAUGUAUUUGUGCUGAAUUAUUUUUGAUGAUGCAAUUCAUCUUAUGUUCAUGUAAACUCUUUUCAAAUUAGAAAUAUAAGAUUGGCAACUUUAAUUC